AUGGCGUUGACCGAUCAAGAGGGAUAUAGAGGGGUUGACGAUGCAGUGGCAGUUGAGGAGAAGCGACAUCGACAUCGCCUACAUCGGAGACGGGAUUGGUCAAGCUCGCUCACCGUGACCGUUUUCCUGCUCGUCUUAUGUGUGUCUUCUGUCCGCGCCGCAUAUGUCGAAUUCCGCAAUUGUCUGGACAGCAAUAUUGUCAAUUCGAAUCCGCGCAUCUUACAAUUUGAACCCUUCAAUGUGUCCGCCGCAUUCAAUAGCUCUUCCGGCUCCGAUCGACAUCAUCUCAAUAUCACUGUUUUUGGCAACGUUACUGGAAAGGCGACUGAACAACCUUAUCCUCCUCCUGACGACCCGUCCUGGGCCAAUCCGAACGACACGUUUGGCAAGAUCCCCGAUUUGAGCGAGUCCAAUAACAAGUACACUACCCUCUUUACCCGUGUCAAUUUCUUAGGAUACACUCCGUGGAAUGCGGACCCCACGCGGUUCUGUGAGUCCGUGGUCCAUGGAGAAUGUCCCUUGGCUCCCGCCUUUUACGUCAACGAAAGCGACCUGGCUCAUUUACCUGCCUUUUCUGUUGCGCACGACUUGUUCUCCAGUUACUCUUUUGCCUCACUUCAAGCCACGUUGAGAGUUCAAUCGGGCGAUGCUAGCGGGCAAUUCUACAGCUGCAUCACCGCCACGGUUACUCCCGACCUGGGAGGGUCUCUCAAGGCCAUACUCAGAUAUGUACCGCUGGUGGUACUGAUCGUGGUCGGCGUGGCUACCAUCGCCGCCGCCAUCCUGAGUCCGUGGGGCUCCGCGGACCUGUUUCAUUGGAGCAGCAAUUUCGGGCGUGACGAGGACUUGCUGCGUCUCGUCACCCCGGGAUUUGGAGACUGUUUGCAAUACAUUCAAUUUGUCGUUCUGACCGGCAGUUUGUCUUUGAAUUAUCCUGGCUUCUAUCAGCCAGCAGUCAGCCGCGUCGCAUGGUCCUCGCUCAUGUUCAAUGAGAGUUUCGUAACUGGCGGAAACGGCACUCAGAGCCUGGUCGACGGUAUCUAUGAAUAUCGCACGAACACCAAAUAUGGUCUUGAUCGAAUGAGCCAACUGGUCGGCAUGACCUCAGACAAAGACAUCUGGGCAGACAUGAUUGUUUGGCUGGUGGUCAUUGUCGCUGCCGUCUCAAUUUUGACUCAACUAGGCUUUGCGGUUCGUUGGAUUUACCGAAAGAUCAACAGGGAGCCGCCAGAGGAUCUCCGCUCUAAAAAUGGGCCGUUCACCGCCGGGAAUGUCGUCCGGCUGGUCAUGAACUUCUUCCUGCUGCCUCUGGCAUCGCUGUCAUUCUACCAGCUGGUCAUUGCAGGGAAAGGCCCGGCGUACUCUGUUGCCCUUGCAGCGGUGGCGCUGGUUCUUGUCGUCGUAUUUUUGAUCUGGGUGCUGCUAUUAUUCGUUCGGACGAGACCACGUUCCUUCCUGUUCGACGAUUUCCUUAUGGUCCUUACCUACGGACCUCUAUAUAACACCUACUGCGACGAUGCCGCCACUUUUGCGUUGAUUCCUCUUCUGGUGAACCUUGUCCGGGGUAUCGCAAUUGGAGCCGUCCAACCAUCAGGCAUCGCACAAAUUGUGCUUCUGGCAAUCUGCGAGAUUGUUUUGAUUCUUACAAUCAACGCUUUCCGGCCAUUUCCAUCAGCCACCUCUAUGAACAUCUAUCACACUUGUUUCUCUGUCAUCCGACUUAUCACCAUCCUUCUUUCAAUAGCUUUUGUGCCUGCACUGGGCGUUGAAGAUUCGUCAAGAGGCUGGAUUGGGUAUGCUAUCCUCAUCAUUCAUGCUUGCAUCAUGGUUUUCGGGUUCUUCUUGAAUGCUGUACAGACUUUGGUUGAAGUCAUUGCUCGCCUGGCUGGUGCGGGCGGACGGGAUGAGGCGACAGGGGCCGCCACUAGAGGUGGAUUGAACAAGGUGUUUGGAAUGCGGCAACUCUCUCGACGGAUGCCGCGGAGGGCUACUCAGGACCCGCGCCAUAGUAUGUCAUCGAACGCGGCCAUGUUGAAUGCCAUCGAAAACGACCAACAAAAGCUCCAGAUGGCCAAGACCAGGUCGCGCAGUGUCUCGGCCACAUCCGGCGUUCUAUUGGAAAGCGGCUUAAACUCCAACAGGAUCAGCCAGAACCUCGAUGGCCGCGUCGUCGGCCACACCACGCCCGACAGAUCUCCCAGGGAAUCAAGGCGACUUACGGCCCGACUUAGUGGCACAGGAUCCUUGGGGGGCAUCGUCGGUCUUCAGAAGCAGGUGGAACAAAAAGACCCAUACUACCGACCGCCACGCAGAAAUACAAUGGAUGCUCUUGCCGGAGUUGACAGUCGUCCAGAUCUAGCUCAAGUGUCGUCAAAAGGUGCUGUGGCGACUGAAGGAGCCGUCGAGGAUGAUGCUGGUGAAGGACCCUCUACUCCUAUGCCAUUGGAGAAUGACGAUUUUGAAGACAUUACCAAUGACCUGACGAGGACGAAGACUGACUAUGCCGUGAGAGAAGUUGACUUUUACUACGGUGUGCGCGGUGCUGCUCUCUCAAGUGGAACGAGGAAGCUCAAAACUGGACCGGCCGAUCCAACAGGGCCCGUCUCUACUGCCACUGGAUGGUUCAAAAAUCUUCUGGGCGGCAAGACAAAAGAAAAGAACAAAGGGUUUGAGGUGGUCAGGAGUGCCCGUGCCCCUCCUCCAGGGCUGCUUCCACCACCUACUCCUGCUCGAGAAACCCACAUCACUGAACCUUACCACGACGACGUCCGAAGCAUAGAAGAGAGCCAGACCGAUCGAAACAGCGCAGCGCUUUCGUCUCCUCCACAACCCAGGGUUCAAAGACAGAGCCGCAACCAAAGUGUUUAUGACGAUAUCUCCGUUGAAAACUCCGAGGAGGAGGAGGGGGAAGGAGCAUCGAUAGCAGCAGAGAGUCCUGUCCCAGCAAGACCGCCGUCUUUGCCCCUGAUCGAAUCCGUGGGUGGCAUUGAAUUGCCCAGCCGCAUCGGGUCUGAGGCUUCGAGGAAGUCCCGCGGCAAACCCCCACGGGCAUCUGACACAGAUAUUCCAGCGGUUCCUGCUAUUCCUCGUAAAAGUUCACGAAGACAAUCAGGUGGCGACUCGGGUGACAGAGGGCUGGCUGAGUCUGCAUUGUCCGCCUCGCGUCCAGCUAACCUUACAUCCCGAAAGGCGCCUACUCAGCCGCUAGGAGCUAGCCGCAUACCAUUCGCGAACACACAGCCCUCGCCAGCCCGCAACAAAAGGUACUCGACUGGGGCAGAAUCAACAACGUCAAGCGUGGUCCGUGACGGAGACGAGAAUGCACCCGUGCACCCGUCGUAUACAAGUCAGAUGCGCCAGUCGGCCACAUCCGCAUUGGGGACCCAUGGAGCUGAUCUGCGCAAUGACCGGCCCUCAAAUGUGGGAUUCGUGCAGCAACACAGGGCAAGCGACCAUAUUCACCAUAGUCCAGAUUCGCCCGAGUUCGAGGGGAGCACGGCUGAAGUCCACGGGCACCCGGUGUAUUGA